GAUGACUUGCAAAAGGAGGGGAUUGAAUCCGUUGAAUUGGAUCACCCUCUCCAAUAAUUACUAUUUUGAAUGGUGCAUCAAGCUGUUGACUUCAUGGACUCGCAUCUCCCUUAGAUCAUUUUCUCUCCUCCCGUAUGGCCAUUGCAGAAUUCCGAUCAGCAAUUCAUCAUCAAUGGGUUGCUGCUGGGCGCAUGCUCUGUUUUUCUGUUCCUCUGUUUUUCUGGCAAUAACGCAAUCGACGGCGGUAGAUACAUUCAAUUCAUCUCAGCCCAUUGCAGACGGUGACACCAUAGUCUCUGCCGGCGACACAUUCGUGCUGGGAUUCUUCAGUCCACGCAACAGUUCAACGAAUCGUUACUUGGGCAUCUGGUAUCGCAACAUACCAGGCCAAGCCGUGGUUUGGGUUGCGAACAGAGACAACCCGAUCAACGGGUCAACCGGGCUUCUCACGGUUAACAGCCAGGGGAAUCUCGCUCUGCUUUCGAGUCUCGACGAGGAUGGUCCGUCAAUCUGGUCUUCCAACUCAUCGAGACCAGCUCGGAACCCAGUCGCACAGCUUCUGGAUUCGGGCAACUUGGUUGUGAGGGAGGCAGGGGAUGAUGACAACUUCUUAUGGCAGAGCUUCGAUUAUCCGUGUGAUACGCUGCUUCCAGGUAUGAAGCUUGGAUUAGACAGAAGAACAGGAUUUGAUCGCUACCUGACAUCUUCCAAGGCAGCUGAUGAUCCUUCCAGCGGUGGUUUCACGUACAGGAUUGACCCCAGAGGGUACCCUGAGAUCAUCCAGCGUGAAGGCUCGACAGAGCGUUAUCGAACCGGACCUUGGAAUGGGUUGAGGUUUAGUGGGACGCCAUACCUGAGGCCAAACCCCAUUUACAUGUUUCAGUUCGUUGUUAGCGAUCAGGAGAUCUACUACAGCUACCUACUGGACAACACUUCGACCGUGUCGAGGUUGGUGUUGAAUCCGAAUGGGGUGAUUCAGAGGCUGACAUGGUCCGGAGAUACACAAGGCUGGGUGGUUUAUGUCACAGCUCAAAUGGACUUCUGCGAUCGAUAUGCGUUGUGUGGCGCGUACGGUAGAUGCAACAUACGAAGCUCCCCUGUUUGCAAUUGCUUGAGAGGGUUUGAGCCUAAGGUUCCUAAUGAGUGGGAAUUGGUGAACUGGUCUAAUGGUUGUGUUCGGCAGACUGCACUAAACUGCUCUGGAGAUGGGUUCGUGAAGUACUCUGGAGUUAAGCUGCCUGAAACACGUAGAUCGUGGUUCAACGUGAGUAUGAGUCUCGAAGAGUGCAGGGGAAAUUGCUUGAGGAGCUGCAAUUGUACAGCUUAUGCUAAUAUUGAUAUCAGGAAUGGAGGGAGUGGGUGUCUGCUUUGGUUUAGUGAGUUGAUUGAUAUUAGAGAGCUAGAAGAUAGUGGACAAGAUAUCUACAUAAGGAUGGCUGCUUCUGAGAUAGAAGCAACUGGGGAUUCAGAGACGAAUUCCAAAUCCAGUACGAGGAAGCAAGUCAUCGUACUGAGCGUUGUGUUAUCUGCAGGGCUGCUGCUAAUAUGUCUAGCCUUAAUCUUCUUUCUGCGGCAUUUGAGGCAGAAAAGGCAGAGAGAAAUGGGAGGUGAUCCAGAAGACAAUGCAAGGUUCAGUACAAACAAGGAUGAUUUGGAACUGCCACUGUUUGAUAUAGCUGCAAUUUCUGUAGCAACAAAUAACUUCUCACUUAGCAAUGUAGUUGGAGAAGGAGGUUUUGGACCUGUCUAUAAGGGAGUACUGAAAGAUGGACAAGAAAUAGCAGUGAAGAGGCUAUCAAAGGAUUCGAAACAAGGACUUGGUGAGUUCAAGAACGAGGCCAAGCACAUUGCCAAACUUCAGCACAGGAAUCUCGUGAAGCUCUUAGGAUGCUGCAUUCAAGAAGAAGAGAUGAUUUUGGUCUACGAGCUUAUGCCUAACAAAAGCUUGGACUACUUCAUUUUCAAUGAAAAUCAGAGCAUGUUACUGGAUUGGCCUACCCGGUACCAGAUCAUCAAUGGGAUUGCUCGCGGAAUCCUGUACCUCCACCAAGAUUCAAGACUCAGAAUAAUCCAUAGGGAUCUAAAAGCCGGCAACAUCCUACUGGAUUUUGAGAUGAACCCUAAAAUUUCAGAUUUCGGAUUGGCGAGAAGCUUUUCAGAGAGUGAUAGCAAAACAAACACCAGGAAGGUGGUCGGCACAUAUGGUUACAUGUCACCUGAGUAUGCAAUCGACGGCAUCUACUCGGUGAAGUCGGAUGUGUUCAGUUUUGGGGUGAUGGUGCUAGAGAUUGUGAGUGGGAAAAGGAACAGGGGCUUCUCUCAUCCAGAUCAUCAACUCAACCUUCUUGGCCAUGCAUGGAAGCUAUAUCAGGAAGGAAAGUACGAGGAAGUGAUAGAUAACACAGUAAGAAAUUCAUGCGACCUCGAACAAGUGUUCCGGUCAGUCAACAUUGCUCUUCUUUGCAUUCAAAGAAGUCCAGAGGACAGGCCUAACAUGUCAUCUGUGGUUCUUAUGUUGAGCUGUGAAGGCGACUUGCCUCAGCCUAAAGAACCAGGGUUCUACGGUGAAAGAGAUUUUGUAGAAGUUGCCAAAUCUUCAACAAACAAGUAUUCAGCAGAUAUUAGUAUAACUGAAAUAGAAGCAAGAUAAUGCAGAAGGCAAGUGGAGAUAACGCAAAGAGUACUUACUGCUUUUAUGACAUUUGAUGCUAGAGCUUAGUUCCUUGUUCGUGUCUUUGCAUUUGAUGUAUAGAAUGAUAAAAUAGCUUGACCUCCAUUACUGCGCCUUUCAAAGCAAUCAACCCAUCAGGAAAACAAGCAGUCAUUACCAAUCUUCUCGUUCAGGCAAUUCUUCGAACACUUAGCGGGCAUGUCACUGCAGAGUGCAGACGCAAUCAUUUUUCUAUGAUCACCGUUGCAUCGUUUUCAAAACAGGAACUUGCUUAGUUACUUGAGCUGAGAUAGCAGCCCUUCAUGCGAGUAGAGUUGUAGCGCGAGCUCUCCAGUAAUUGGAGUACGAGCAACACGAAAUUGCUUCUGCAGAAUUGAAUUCUUCGUCGUAGCGCCGCCGCGCCGUAAUCUUCCUCCGGGAAGUAGACGACGGCGUGACGUAGCAGUGGCGCAACAUUGAACUACGUUGAAUUCCUUGACCCGUCUCCUUCACUCUUCUCCCCUGAAAUCAAUAAAUCAAUCUGCG